AUGAAGCAACGAUUUAUUGGACAGGUCGUCGGAACCGCUAUGAGGAAAACGGCAAAGGUGCAGGUCGAGCGGAUGUGCCCGCUUCCUAAUGGAAAGCAACAUUUUGUAAGAAGCAAAUUCCUCGCCCAUGACGAACAGGAGGAAACCGUGAUUGGAGACAAAGUCGCCAUUGAGGCAAUCAAGCCCGUCAGUAAGAGAAAAGCCUUUCAAGUGGUGGGGAUCGUCCAAAGAGCAAGAAGGUUUGUUGACCCAGAUACCGGGCUCACGUACACCAGCGCAUGA